AUGGCGUGUUUCUCCUACCUCGUGGAAAAUGUAUGCCCGGUACCAGUUGGCAACGUUGCUACACUGGGCGCAGCUGUUGGUGCUUUCAAUAGUGCCAUAAGGAGUGCAACUUUCGCGAAAGCCGGAACCUUAGCCUUCAAGCACGUAGCUGAUGCUGUGAAGAGAGUUGCUAACUUUAUAGGAAGUAAAACGCUAAACGCUAUAGCGACAAACGGAGCUUUUACUCGUAUAAAAGGAGCAGCGUUAGCAGCGAAGAAGGCAGCGGCGAUAGCUGCAGUGCAGGGUGCCGUGCUGGGCACGGGCGCGGCAAUUGGCGCUGCGGUUGUCGCCCAUAAACCUUACGUUGCCCACAAUGAAGAGAAAACUCUGCCAUGGCUUCACCAUCUGCUUCACGUAAACGCUGAACCUCAAAAUGAAGAAAUCUUUGCUGAACAUUAUGAAUUGCCAGAUGAAGAACUUGAGUUUAAUGAAGAGGCUUCUCCAUGGCACAGUUAUCCUCCAGAACACUUCGAAGCUGCCUAUAGAUAA